AUGGAUGACUUUGAGCAGGAAGGCAUAAAUGAAGAAUUUAUCAAGUUUGCCAUUCGAGAGAGCAUUCAAGAUGCCCACAAGCUGCAAUGUUCGAUAAAAACAAACAGGAAGGAACCAAACAGUGACAACUUUAUGAAGAUAAUGGCGGCCAUUCACAAAGGCGAUGUGUAUGCGCUGCAGGAGAUGUCAGGUUGUGUGUCUGCCUUCGGAGAGAGCGACAGCAGCGGCCUGCUGCCUCUGCACGCGGCAGCUGUGCAGCCGCAGCCAGAGAUCCUGCAUGUGGUGCUGCAGGCAGUGAUGACAUCCACAGACCUGACCCUGGAGGAGCAGACGGAGGGUGGGGACACAUCUCUGACUCUGGCAGCAGAGGCCGGCCAGGUGGAAAACGUCAGGAUGCUGCUGCAGCACGGAGCCUCACCACACAACACCAACAGCAGAAAUGAGACUCCUCUGCUGAUUGCAGUGAGACAGAGAUCGUACGACAUGGUGGUUACGCUCGUCACGUGUGGGGCCUUUGUGGAGCAGGUGUGUCUCACUAAGUGGACGGCCGCCCAUGAAGCUGCAAAGGUGGGUUGUCCAGCUAUUCUGAUGCUGCUGCUUCGACAUGGAGCCAGAGUUACUGCCAGAGACGGGCAUGGGGUGACUCCUCUGGGAAUUGCAGCUGAAUAUGGCAACACUGAAGCUUUGGAUAUACUGAUACAGCAAGGUGGUGACGUGAAUGCCCAGGCCAGAAAUGGAGACACAGUUCUGUAUGAUGCAUCUGGAUCUGGAAACCUGGAUUGUGUGGAGCUGCUCCUGCAGCACGGAGCCAACCCAAAUGUAGCCAGCUACGCCUGUCAGCUGCCCAUCCACAGAGCUGCAUACGAGGGACACAUACUAGUCCUGAGGGCUCUCAUCCCCAUCACUGCAAAGAGAGCCAUCCGUCUCUCAGGCCAGAACCCCAUCCACUCAGCAGCUGAUGGAGGACAGGUCGAGUGUCUGGAGCUGCUGCUCCAGGAAGGAUAUGAUGUCAACGCCCUGCUCAGAACAGACAUCUCUGAGAACUACGGGGACCUGAGAAAGACUCCUCUGUACUUUGCCAUUUCCAACGGUGAUAUGACCUGUGCUAAGAUGUUGCUGGCAGCUGGAGCGAGUACUGGCCUAGACCCACUGCAAUGCAUCCUGGUUGCUAUACGUGCUGAGAGGCAUGAACUGGUCCGGCUGUUGCUGUCCUAUGGAGCAGAGGUGAAUUGUUACUUCAGGGUGAUCACCAACACAAUGUUCCCAACGGCCCUGCAGUACAGCCUGAGGGACCCGGUCAUGCUGCGACUGCUCCUCGACAGCGGAUAUCAAGCUUACAGGUGCUUCCAUUGUUUCCAUGGUAACGGUGAAGAAAUGGAUAGUACCUGGAUUGACCGCCACAACCAGGCCUUCCAGAUUUACAGUCGACUUGACAUCAUCCCAUUCUGUGAGUAUGUAUCGGUGUCGUGGCUCACACGUCUGAUUGGCAGUGUUGUGAGGAUGCUCCUGGACUACGUCAGCAACGUCAACAUCUGUCCCAUCCUCAAACAUGUCCUGGAGAAGACGCCGGAGUGGGAUGAGAUUUCUGACAUACUGAGCAAGCCACGUUCUCUGCAGCAGUUGUGUCGACUGGUAAUCAGAGGUCACAUGAGCCUCAGGACGCUGAAUGACCCUGAAGCCUUGGCUGCUGUCCGUUAUCCUCCGAGACUGAAGAACUACCUGGCUUACAGACAGAACGACUUGCAUGGUGACCUGAAAAAUUGCCUAUGA